AUGGCGCGCUGCGGCGGCGGCGCCUCARCGCCGAAGGGCCCCGGCCCGGCGGCGACGGAGCGGCAGCGGCUGAAGGAGGCGCUGGCGGAGCAGCUCCGGCAGGACAUCGGCAGGCUGCUGGCGGAGGGGACUCACUCCGACGUGACCAUCCGAGUAGGCGACGCGGCGCUGCGGGCGCACCGGGCCGUGCUGUUGGCGCGGGCGCCGSGGCUCUUCGCCGGUCUGGCGGCGGGGCGGCCGCCCGCGGAGGUGCUGCGGCUGGACGGCGUGGGACCCGCGGAGCUCCGRCGCUUCUUGCGGCUUGUAUAUUCAUCUGAUAAAAAUCUUAAUGAAGUUGAGGAGCUGGCUAUGAUGAAAAAAGUAUUGGAWCCCAAAUUAAUACAAGAAAGCAACACUACAACUCUUCAGGACACUCAAAAUAAUUUAAAUUGUUUUGGACAAAGCAAAAAAUCAGCUGUUGAUCAGAAUACUCCAAGAGGAGCUGUGCAGAAAGAAGUUGGUUGUUCAUCUUGUACUGAGGAGGAAAUUCCGGACAUAAUCAUUGAUGCAGAAAGCAACAAAUCCACUGCAGGUAAUUCGAAAGUAGAAACUGCAUCUAUAUUAGGGGAAGACUUACUGAUGCUCUACAAGAAAUGCUGUUGUCCAGACAUCAGUAUUUGUGUAGAAGGCAAAGACUUUCAAGCUCACAGGGCYAUUUUAUGUGCCAGAUCUAGUUACUUUGCUGCUAUGCUGAGUGGAAGUUGGGCUGAGAGCUCCCAAGAGCACAUCACUCUUCAAGGCAUAAGCCAUGUAGAAAUGAGUGUCAUCUUGCAUUUUAUAUAUGGAGCUAUUUUGGACUUUCCAGACAAAGCUGAUGUUGGUCGCAUGUUGGGCAUUGCAGAUAUGUACGGGCUGGAUGGGCUAAAAGAAGUAGCUAUCUACAUUUUGAAAAGAGAUUACUGCAACUUUUUCCAAAAGCCUGUUCCUGGCAAACAGCAACCUGUACUAGAAUGCAUGGCUAUUGCUCAUUCUUUGGGAGUGGAAAACCUAUAUGCUGCUUGCAUGAAAUGGGUAGGAAAACAUUUUGCAAGAUGUUUGUCAGAGAGAAGCUUUGCCAAUUUACCUACUGAACUUCAGAACAACUGUCUUGUUAUGUUGAUUAACUCUUUGAACCACAAGAAUGCGGCUUUCCUUUUGAUGGAGAGUGACCGGCUGAUCAAUAGCCUUCCCCAAGUGAAAUGGACGGAGACAGCUGUGGCCUUGGCAUCACGGCUGCAUGAGGAAUGUGUUACCUUUAUUGUUGCAAACUUCCUACAUGUAGUACAAAGUGAAGGUUUCUCUGUUUUGUUGCAGGCACAGGCAAUGAGCAGCAAACCUGACCUUCUAGAACUAAUUUUCAAUGCAAUUGAAAAAAGCAUUACUAAUGAAAAUAGCUGCUUUCUUCUUGUAGCAGUGGAUAUGUUGUUGGAGGCUGCAAAUGCAAAGGAGAUGGGUUUUACGUGCAAGAUCCAGGCGCUGCRUGAUAAGCUCUGGGUCUUCCUGGUUCAGUCUUUUUAUGCUGUUCGUCACACAGAAGGCUGGAAGCUGGUGAGGCCAGACCAUCAACAGAAAAUACAAGCAGCKGCAUUUGACAAGGGUGAUGACCGCAGACUUGGCAAAAAACCUGUAUUCACUAGCUCUCAGCUAAAUAAAACUACUACUGCAUCUGUUGGUAUAAGGAAUACUUCCCGGGCAGAACAAGGCAAGAAAGUUUGCUGGGGAGCUUCUUCCAYUAAUCGGGAUAAAAUGAAAUCUGAUGGAUUAGGAGCAUCUGGACAUGCAUCAACCAAUAGAAACACUAUUAAUAAGACUUCAAAGCAUGAGGAUGUAAAAGGGAAAGAUGGCAAAAAAUUAGUUUCCAAGAUUACUAAGGAUUCCAAACCUGGGGAAAAAGCUGCUUCGCCAAAGGCUAGAGCUGUUAUAAAGACAAAAAUAGAAAAUAAUGGAAAUGUGAAGGCCGAAAGCAUGCUUACCAAGCAAGACAUAGAAAAGACGUCAUCUGCAAGUGGACAGAAAAAUUCAGGAAGUAGCAAAGGACUAAAGAAUCAUGAAGGAAAAAUUGCAGGUGCCAGACCUAAAGUGCUGACAGUAACCUCAAGCAUGCAGAACAAAACAAAGCCAUUGAAAAAAGCCACAGGAAAGGAAUCUCCUUCCUUGGUGACUGUAGCAGCAACGUCCAGCAAGUCAGCAAAUUCAAACACGGAUAUCCAGACUGCCAGUGAACAGACAGAGGAACCCAAAGAGGAUAAAUUGGUAGAGGAAGGGAAAAAACAGACUGUAGUGAAAACAAAGGCAUCUGUGAAGAUAUCAAAUGGAGUCACCACCAAAAAAAAAAAGACUGAGCUUGAGGCUAAUGUCACAACAAGCAGUCUGACAAAAAAAUCAGCAGGAAAAGGGUGUAAUGAGCAAAAUGUACAAGUUGUUCUAAAGAAGAAAGGGAAUGUGAGUACCAAUUCUGCAGCACAGCAAAAGACUCAAAAUGCACCUACCAAUUCUCCCAAGAACCAAGGACCUCAGGGGGAAUCACCAAAUUCACUGAAAUCAGRAAUGUCUCCAAAACAUAAUGAAGAAAAAAAUGUGUUACAACACCUGGUUCAGACAACAGUCUCAGAAAAACACCCUUCAGCUAAGAAGAAGAGUAUUAAACAAUCACAAACACCUGUAACAAAAGCCACUGCAAAAAUAACACCUAAGACUCUGGCUCCAUCAAAGAAUGCUGAGAUUACAAAUAAUAAAGACCCAAAACAGAAAACAGCUGUAUUAAAAUCUCAGUCCUCUGCCCAGAAGCAUUCAAGGAGUGAGUCUCCUAUUGUCCAGAAGAAUGUGCACACCUCUGAGCACAGAGGUUCAGGACAGAAACUUGAGAAAAACACGGCUGAUGCCAUAGCAGGUCCACUUCAUGACAACAAUGAACGCAAUUCUGCAAAUGAAUCUUUAAAACCUGCCAUGGAAAGUAGCAAUGACAAUAAAUUGCUGGAGUCCUGUCAAACCAAUAAACAAAAAUUACCAGAUUCUUCUGAAAAUGUGCAAUACAAAAUACAAUCCGAAUCUUCUCUUCUAAUUGCAGAAGAAACUAUUAAUAAACUGAACGUUUCACUACAAAAUGACAUGGAAACAAGACAAAUCUGUGGAGAUCAGACUGGAAUUAGAAAGACUGAAGAUCCAGAGAAAGAUAAUACAGCUGAAUUUCACUUUCAUGCACAGUCUCCCAGUGAUGGAUAUUCAGACCUUUCCAAGGAAACCAAUCAAAAGGUUACUGUUUUAGGAGAACUGGUGAAAGAUUCAAAAAGAACAAAAGUCUGUAAUGAACAGAGUGAUAAAAUAAACCCUGAAACAGGUUUUAACAAUGGUGAAAACACUUUGUCAAGCUUUUCCCAAGUAACCAGUAAAGAGGAUGAAACAUCAUCUCCUCAGAUCAGUGUGGAGGGAUUUCUUACAGUUGAUGAACUGUGUGAUACAUCAACUGAAUAUAAAUCAGUUACAACAGAUUUAGAUGAUGUUUCAGAAUGUUCCACAGAACAAAUAACAGAAAAAUACUCACCGAAUUACACAGAGCUUAUCGAUCCCAUGGAAAUGUCAGAAAACCAUGAAAAUGCAGAAAUUCCCUUUGUGGACCACUGGAGUACUGGUGCCGUAGAUCCCAAAGAGAGUCCAGAAUCAGACACUGGCAGUGCAACCACAUCUUCUGAUGAUAUAAAACCAAGAUCAGAAGAUUAUGAUGCUGGAGGCUCUCAGGAUGAUGAGGGAUCCAAUGAAAGAGGGAUUUCUAAAUGCAGUACUAUGUUAUGUCAUGAUUUUCUUGGAAGAAGCAGCAGUGACACAAGUACACCUGAGGAAUUAAAAAUUUAUGAUAGCAGCCUAAGAAUUGAAGUGAAAAUGAAAAAAGAGGGUUCUGAUCUCUUCCGUGUUAAUUCAACAAGUGAUGAUGAAAUACCAAGAAAAAGACCUGAAAUUUGGUCCCAUCAAGAGAGUUCACGGACCGCUACUAGAGAAAGCAAAAGUUCUACUUUUGGUAAUGCACAGUUUACUCAGGAAGCAGACCAAGUUUCUUCUUCUGCCGAUGAAACAGAAGAUGACAGAUCUGAAGCAGAGAACGUUGCAGAAAACUUUCCACCAUCAAAUGUUCCUACUCAACAGUUCCAAGGAAUUGAUAAUUUAGCUUUUGAGGAUGCAACAGAAAAUGAUACUGCAAGUCAGGAGUUUUCUAAAACUAAAAAUUUCAAACGAUCUGUUUUACUUUCAGUAGAUGAAUGUGAAGAAUUGGGAGCUGAUGAUAAAGUGGAAACUCACACUUCAAGUCAGCACUCARUAGAUUCUCUUACUCCAGAAGUAUUUGACAGUGUUUCUCAAGAGCACCAUGGAAAGACGUUUUAUUCAAGAUACUCACUGGAAACUGAAGAUGGAUUCCUGGAUGGCAAACAGCACAAGGAUAAAGACAAUAGAACAGAUAAAAGUGGAACUCUCCCGAAUCUUCAUGGUACUGAAAUCCCAGGAAAGGAGAAUCAAGGUGCUUCAAUCACUGAACAAAAUUGCCCAGAGAAAGUGUAUUCAGCAGGUAGCCCAUGUCCAGGAGAAAACCAGAAAGUAAAUAUGAAGAAUGAGGUGGCUAGUGAAUUUCACCAGUGCAAUAAGUACUUGGACAAUGAUGCAAAAUCUCAAGAAAGACCAUGUCAUCUGGAUCUUCAGAGAGAAGCUAAUUCUGAUGUGCAAAAGAGCAGCACUGCAAAACCUGUAGAAGCCAGUAAGAAUCAGAUACUGACUCAGGAAAGUCAAGUGAGAGACAGUCAACCAGCAACUACUGAAUGCGCUAAUACUGAUUUCCUUCCAGGAGACAUAGAUGAUUAUGACACAAUGGCACAAACCUGCAUGUAUGAACAUCGGCCUCCAAAAACCCUCUCUCCAAUUUAUGAGAUGGAUGUUGGAGAAGCAAUUGAGCAGAGGAUGGAUUCAGAAACAGCAGUUCUAGAGGUGGAUUUUGAAGAUCAACAGUUUGCAGAACAGGACUGGACUCUACUCAGGCAAUUGUUAUCUGAGCAGGACUCAAAUAUAGAUUUCAAAAACUCUGUUCCUGAAGACCUUAACUUAGCACAAUGUCUUAUCAAUCAGACACUGUUUCUGGCACGAGAUGGUUCGAAUCCUCAGGGUACAUCACAAGUUGACACAUUCAGCAGGUGGACUGAACUCAUGUCUCCACUUGACGAUUCCUCAGCAAGCAUUACAGUGGCAAGCUUUUCAUCUGAAGACUGUUCGUCCCCUCAAGGGGAAUGGACAAUUCUUGAACUGGAAACCCAUCAUUAAGGUGUCAGCUCUUUGCAACUGAAUUCCAACCCAUUCCCCAAAUCUAUUUUUGAUGAGUUGUUUCCGUACAAUAAUGAAAUACUGCAUCAGUCAAGAACACGCAAUUCUUGAUACUGAGGCAAUCUUUCUGAUAAAAUGAGGUAAAUACAUUAACUUAUAAUCUAGAUUUAAUCACAAGUACAAUAAUUUUUCAGGACUUAAAUGUAUGUUUUUUCUAAAAAUGAAUUUUGAGCAUGUAUUUUCUAGAAUUGUUAGAAAAACUAGAUGACAUGAAAGAAAAAUCUGGGUUUCCAGCCUCCCUUUUAUCUACUUUUUUGACAUUAAAUGUUCUCAUUGAUCAAAAAUUUAAAGAUGAAUGCACAAUUAGUAGAGCUAUUCCUUUCCUUCUCCCCUCCUCUCUAUAUGGUGGCAUCAAUUUACAACAAUAAAGAUUCAGAAUGGUUGUGUCAAAAGGUGAUGUGUGCCAACACUACUUUAAAUGACAGGAAAACAUCUUUAUAUUCAAAGAAAAUGUUUCAAUCUGAAUCUGCCUUGGGCCUUAUUAAUAUGAGCAGCUUGUUUCAUCUGUUUCUUCCAGAUUUGAUUUUUGUAUUUUGGUUUGUUCUGAAGUUUCCAAUAAAUCUUUUUAAUUGCCUUUUCUUCAAAUAUUAAGACUUCARAGGGUCUGUGCUAUAUGAAGAGCACUGUUUCUUUCUUGUAAAUGCACGCAUUUAAGUAAAUAUUUUAAAUGGCAUACUGCAUGAAUUCAAAGGAGUUAGUAGAAUGCUGCUCCUGUUCUAAGAAACAGCAUGUCUGAUGUCUCCAAAAGUACAUCUGACUCUGAAGCUGUGGUCAGUGUUACUCAUAAGUCUGAUGUUAGCUAGAAUUACCUUCAAGAAUUAAUUAAUUACACUUGCACUGUUCUGAUGCUGAUGCAUAGCAAGAUUCUCAGGAACUUGGUUUGGUUUUGUUUUCRUAGAAGCCACAUUUUUAGGAGUGGUAAUAGGAUUCCUGCAUCUUCAUUAUUAUCUCUAGUGUAGCUUUUAUAGAUUGAAACUAAAUGUCAUCAUAACCUUUCUUUUGACUCGGAGUGAAAUAGGAUAUACAGAUCAUUCUGCUGCUUUUGGCUAUUUGGUUGUGGAUAGGACUGUCUUUUCUGAUUUGACAGGGGAGGAAGGACUGAGAAACUAUUUGUAAUUCUUACCAAGUUAGAACUUCUGAAAUAUACAGGCUUAUUUUCCCUGCAAAUGUUGCACCUUCUUAAGAUAUCUGCAUUAUGGAAACAGUAGGGCUUGUCUUUUACACAGCUUAAAAUCUAAAAAGGAAGUGUUCUACCUCCUCUUAGUCAUUAAUAGAAGUGCCUUCAGAAGUGGGUGCCAUAUAGCAGUAAAAGGCUACUAACAUUCUAUUUUGGUUGAAACUAUGUAAGUACACAACUUAAGCUGGCUGUAACCACUGACAACAUGGUCAGUUUUGCAAGCUUAUGCACAAUUCCAGCAGUGCACCUUAAUUUUCUUGACAAAGUUCAUUUCUUUUUGUUCUUAGGCAGAAACGCAGUUCUGUGGAAAGUUGGAAGUUGCCCUAGUGUAUGAUUAAAGAAGUUAUUACUUUGGAUUUGACAUAAUAAAGAGCUUUGAGGCAAAAAAAAAUUAUCUAGACAGCCACUUUGUUGAACUUCUGGUACAAAAGUAAAAGUUAAGUUUCAUUCUCAAAAUGAAUGGAGAAACAAUUUUACCUUGUUCUUUAUGAUCAAGGUAAGGGGAAGAAAAGAAAACCUUCCUUUCUCUUUAUGUCAGUGGAGGACUCUAAACUCAUGGAAGAUGUUCAGUCUCAAAAUAAAAAUCUUUCAUCUACUCUUUUAGCAGCAACAUAAAUAGUCUGAGAUACUAUAAUGCAAAAUACUGUAAAUGUAAUAUGCUAUAUUCAACCCAGUCUUCAUAUGGAGGGAGUUAGARCCACCUUUAGAAGUGCAAAUCAUCAAGAAAACCUAUUUUUCAUGUUCAGAGUUUACAAGGUAUAUCAAUAGGGAUAAUCUUUUGGAUAAAAUAAAAAACUCUAGUAUUAACCAUAAUAAAAGAUGAAACUCAAGAGGUGCUCUUUCAGAAGGCUAAGUAAUAGUGUUUUUCAGUUUCUGUGUAAAGCAGUAAAGUAGAAGUUGUUUAUCAAAAAGCUUAAUCAACUUUAAAAUCCUGAUAAUAUUCUGACAGUGGGCAUUCACAUGUUAAACAAGAUGAAGUGAUGGAAAGGAGAAGUGACAGAAAGUGAAGAAGGGCUCCUUUUGUCGGUUUUUUGCUUUGCCCAUAUUUUUAACUUCUAACUGAAUUGAUAAAGUGACACUGAAAAUUGACGCAAAAUUUUAGGUUUAUUGUAUGAAAUACAAUCACAUAUAGGGUUUUUUAGAUCAGAGUUUUUUUCUUUGCAAUUACUUUUUCUGUUGUAUCAAAAUUAAAUUAGCUUCUCUCUUCAARUCCCCAGAGAUGUUGUUGCAAUUCCUUUAACAAUUUUGCAGCAGACCCUGAUUAGGAUAUGGUAUUGUUCAGCUGGUACAUAGGCAGCCACAGAAUUCAGCUUCCCACAGCCACAUAGUGUCUGUAGAAGAAGCAGGAAUAGAAAGUGGUAUUGUUUUUAAUUCGCGUUACUAGAGUGCCUGUGAGGCUUAAUCAGACCAGCAUCCCACUGGCUAGACAUUGUACAAACAAAGAACAAAAACAAAGACUUCCCACAGAGUGGUUAGCAUCCAGGAUAAGACAAAAGACAAAAAAAAAUGCACAUGAAUGGAAAAGUAAAAUGAGAGUGUCAAUAUUUGUCUAGCUGAUUAGCAAUGGUUUCAGCACAUCAUCGGUUUAAACAGUCAUUUUUUCUCCUGUAUGCAUUAUGAGAAGGGGAAACUGGAGGGUGAGAUUUGAAGGCUAGAUAACAAGGGAGCUCGAAGAAUGUAUAUUCCUGAGCAGCCCUGUCUGCUGCCUAAAUUGUUUGACCCUGACCUCAUUCAGGAGGAUGUUCAAGCUUUAAGCCAGGUGUAGGUGGCUAUUUGUUUAAUACUAUCAGUCACUUGAAUUCUUUGGCUCCUGACAGUGAUUUUAUUACUGUAUUGGCCUAUUCUCCAAAGCAUGAGAGAAUGGAUAAAGGUUUGGAGAAACAAUCAAAUCUGGUGUCAUGGGCUCCAAGUGAUUAGCAAUUAUGAGGUCCUGAAAGACCUCUAAAGUAAAGACAAGAUAGAUACAUCUGAUCAAACAUUGAAGGAGCGUCAGUGAGGAAACUAAAAAGAUGGCAUAGUCAGAAUACUACCUCAUUAAAUCAAUGAAAUUUAAAGGAGAGGACUUGGAAAUCAGAGUCUGAGAUACUGACCCUGAUUUGGCCUACGUUGAAUGGCAUAUUAUAAAAGUGAAAAAUAAGGAAGAAUGUUUUACACAUAUGAAUGUAUUAAGUUUUAAAAAGGCUACACCUCCAAAAGUGAUAUCUGUUACCUGUAGACAUAAUUACCUUUCUUUUCACUUGGAAAGUUAAGCAUCUAGUCUGGACUGGAGAAGCUUUUUACAUACAGAUAACAGCUAAAAUUGCAUUUGUGGAGUAAGCAACCAACAGAUAUUGCAGACAGAAAAGGGAAGGCCAAACAUCUGGAACCCUACAGAAAACUGAGGAAAGUGGAGGUUCUUCCAAAUAAUCUAUUAAAAAAGGAAAUUAAGGAAGCAAAGGAAAUGAAAAGAUGGAGACAGGAGUCAAAUGAGGAUGACAGGAUUUAAGGAAAACUGCACCAUUGGCCUCACUGGACAUAGCCCAUAAGGCAGAUAAGUAUAAAAUACCAGUUUUGAGGUCAGUUAAUAAAGUGUUCUUAGGGACUGUGGUCAAAAUGAGAUUGGCCUGCAGAGUCAAAGGCAGCAUAUACCAGUUUGGUACAGCCUGACAAAGUUGCAGGAAGGAAACUGAGCCUAACCACUGAGAGAGAAAUAACAGUUAGAAAAGCAGAACAGUUAAUAAUAUAUUUUGGUUUGCUUUUUCAAUGCAUGAGAUUAUAGCAUGUUUAUAUAGUGAAGCAAAAGAAAUGCAGCGGCUGAGACAUACAGUGAAGAUCAGGAGAGAUAAGUAAGCAUGAAAUGAGAUCAGCAGGCAGUCUGGACUGCUACAAGUGAUCAGAUAAAUGCAUAAAAAAACCCAGACAUCUGCUUUUGUGGUGUAGGGGUAAUGGAAAGGACACUUCAGAAAUUCGUAAUUUUUUCCCCUGCAAAAACCUUUUCUACAAUCAUAGAAUUGCUGAAAAAUUGCAGAAAAAUCAUAGAAAUACAGGAAAUGCAGGCCUGAAUGGAUCACUAAAGGUCUGUAGUCCAACCUCCUUCUAAGAGCAAGGGUAAUUUCAAAAUUAGAUCAGUUGUUAGGGCCUCAUCAACGUCCAUAGCACAUAAAAUUAUGAUAUAGUCAGCAGGCAGAAACAUGGUGCUCAUAGGAAAGAGGUAUAUUGAGAUUAAACUAUUCUAAUUGUAAUAAAACUACUUUGGGUAUUGUUGGAAAAUAUUACUAAUUAGGUACAAGAAAUAUGGCUAGCUUGCAAUAUUUUCAAGUUCUGGAUGAUAUGUGACUGAACUGUACAUGUUUAAUAAUAUUAUUCCACAUUUUUAAGGUUUUUAAUUAUUUCAAAAUUAUACUCAAUUUUUGAGUUUGCAAAUUUUAUUAUUUUGGAAGAACUAGGGCAAGAGAACUUCCCAUGUUUCUUACAAAGACUGUUCCUAGGAUGUGUUCCCCUAGCAUUGUUCAUCAGUUGUUUUAGGGAAUAUGUUAAAAAAGAAAUGCACAUACCUGUUCUGGGUGCAGAUUGUAGGAGACUAUUUUAUAUGUAUUUCAAGAUUUCAAUAUAUAUUAUUGCCAUUUAGAAAAUAAUAAGUAGCAUGCUCAUUCUACUUUGCUCCAGAAAAUGUAAACCUUUGCAUGGAGGAAUUAAGAACUGCUCUUAUGUUGUUCAUCUGUUGCUCAGAACCAAGACAUCUAAAAAUUCAUUAUUUUGCUUUCACUAAUGUCAAAGAAAAACUCUUGUUGACCUCAGCUGAAGCAGGUUCAGGGCUUGCCUAUGUUAAUGCAUGUACUAGAAAUGCUAUUUUUCCAAUAGAUCUAUUUCGUAGUUUUCUAGUUUUACUCUACAUUGUACAAUUGUAGGAAUGACAAAUUACAGCUAGAAAGAUUUCGAUUUAGGAGUCAUAAUUGUAUGCAUUCUGUUAAUAUUUCAUGACUGGGGUGAUUUAACAUUUGUACAUUGAUGGAUGACAUUCUUGCCAGGACUACACAGGAACUGAGGACGAAAGACAAAAUGAGAAGUAUUGCAGCUUUAUUACAACAGAUGAUUCCCUAGAAUUGGGCUUUUAGAUCUAAGAUCCAGUAUAAUUAGAAGCUUUCAUCUCUUGCAGAAAAUCCAUACUGAUUUUCAUCUUUCUGAACAAAAGCUAUAUGCAGUUGGUUUGUUGUUUUUUGGGGUUUUUUUUUAUAAUAAGCUUUAAUGUUCAACUUUGGAAAAAGUAAAGCUCAAAUGUCUUCUUUAGCUAUUUUAAAAUCUAGCUUCUUCCUAUUGGCAACAACUGUGUGUUUAAGGAAACUAAACCUGUAACAGAGGGAAGUGAUUUAUCUAAAAAAUGGAUAUCACCUGGGGAAAAAUACUGUGUUUGGUAAUUUCUUUGGGUUUUUUACAUUCAGUAACUAAAAACAGAAGAAGCUAUACAGAGCGGGUAUGCACACACACCUGUUUAUUUCUUGUAUUUGACCUUCCUUUCGUACUUUGCAAUCUGUACUGCACACUCCAUUAAGCCACAGUUCUGCAAACACAGAAGUGAAUCCACAGCCGCAUUUGCAGAUUGGCUUUCAGCUUAACAUUCUCUUUUCAGAAAGGGUAAUGGAGCUGACACUGGGGGCAAGCACUGUGCAUACUUGUGUUUUAUACGGUACUCAACUUAAUGAGGUUCUAAUCCUGAUGAACCAUCUGGAUGCAGUUAAAGUAUGAAAUAAUUAAUAACAGAAUUCCAUUAAGUUGCUUCCCUGUUCUCCUUAAUUUAUUGCUCAGAAGACUGCCCMGUUAGAGAAAUCAAAGUCCUGAGAAAUCCAAAUUUUUGCACUGCAUGUAACAAAAGUUCUUUUGCUAUUGCACAGAUAAUAUGAAUACAUGUCUUCAGUAACUCAGACCUCAGUAUCUGGAGGGGCUGACUAUAACUCAGUAACUAGRUACAUUUAACAAGGACACUGAUGGUCAAAAUAGGGUUUAUGUUACUUACACAUGAUGACUGUUAACUGGAUUAGAGUGCAUAUUCUAGUGAACCUGAACAGAGGUCCACAUGCACAAAUUUGGGACUCUGCCCAGUUACCCACGUAGUCCAUCAUACUUUGUAUUUAUGCACUCAAGUGACAGUGACUACUUUUUCUCAGCUUCCACUGAAGUUGGGUGAGUGGUAUCAGAUCCACAUUUAUAAAGAUCACUUUAUUUAAGUGUCUGGACAGAAAGACUAGUUACUGGAGUAAAAUUUUGGCUUAUGAACCUCAAAUGCAUAAAACACUUCCGAGACUGAUCUCACCAACUUAAACCUACAUCCUCAAUUAUGCAAUCCUUAUGUAGGAAUUUUUACAAUUUUCUUGCAGUUGUGUCUAAUGAAGUAAUUUUCAUUCUUCACUUUUUUACUAACCCUCUUUCGAGUGUGGCAUGACAUCCUGCCAGUAGAGUUAUAUCUGUGUACUUAAGAUCAGUAUAAAUAGGACAAACCCUGUGUACMUGCCAGAUUCAGUGUAGGUAGUGUAAAAACUGUUUGUGACCUUCACAGAAUGAGGUAAUACCCACAAACAUGAGACCCACCUCUAAGUCAAACUUCUUACCUUUAACAAAAUGCCCUCCUGUAUCUGUAGAGAAAAAAAACUUCAGUCUUUCUUUUCUGGAUUCUCAUGUUCUAGUAACCAAGAUUAAUCCAAUAGAUGUAUAAUGGGAUGCAUACGGAGAAAAGUUUGACUCACUACCUGUAGUCCAUGGCUUUAUGAUCCUAGAAUAUUUUGAGCACUCAGUCUUGUGGAGGGGGAGGGAGGUUGUUAAACUCUCAACCUGAAUGCUUGCAUGUUUCCCACCCRCUUGCUUUCCAGACUUAGAAAAUGAGCUGGGGCCUAAUAAUCCUAUUUCAAAAUUACUCCCUGUCAACACGGUCUUCUGUUUCCAGAAUAUCUGUAUGGUUGCAUAGUUCCAMAACCUUUCUUUCCCAUGCUACAUACUGAAGGUUCUUAGUUGAUUUCUGUAUAACAGAAAAUAAUAAAUCCUA